AUGUCAGAACAUGGCCAAACUGCACCACCAAGACAGUCUGAAGCUUCGCGUUCAAAUCAAUGUACACCUGUUCACCCGCCAGUGGUCGCAUCCACUGCCGAGCAACAAGCCCAAGCCCCUCCAGACCACUGGAUAGCGAGCUUGCCUCUGUCUUCAGAUGGUCUAGCUAUGGACGACAGCGAAGCCUGCGCUGAUGGCGGAUCCAUCGCUAACUUGCCCAUGUUUCAGGACUUUGGCCUAUUCACGGAUACCGUGGGAUUCAUGGGAAUGGAUCUCGUGGAGACCUUAGACGAAGGAUCUUUCCUACACUACGGCGUGAACAUGUCGUUUUCAGAUGCCAUGGCUACACUGGUCGAACCGUGUUCAUCUGCUCUAGAAAUAGACGGUGUGUUUGAUUGCCCUACACAUUCCACUGCAGUUCUUGACAAUCCCCAACCAGAUGAUAUGGCCGAAUUAAAACCGUUGGUGUGCCCUUGGCGAGUUUCUGGGCAAGCCCGGCGACAUUUGCUGGCGGCCAUGGAAACAAUGCCGAGUCAAAUCGAGAAAAUGCCUUCAUGUCUGUCCUUGAAUCGCUUUUGCACAGGUUAUUUCAGUGAGUUCCAGAGCCACGUGCCUAUUGUACACAAAGCCACUUUCGACAUUGAAGCCGCGAGUAAGUGUAAUCCCGAACUUGUGGUUGCAAUAGCCUCCAUCGGCGCUGUCUAUCGCUUCCAAAAAGCGGAUGCAUUGUUUCUAUUGAAGGUCGCUUUGGAUCUGAUUACCCGGAAAUGGCAGAAUAACAGUGGAUCGGAUCGUUAUGACUUAGGCGGACUGCAAGCCCUUGUGUUGCUGAGUUAUUUCGCACUAUGGCAGAAGCAGUCGGAGAUUCUACUGGAGCAAUCACAGGUCCGUAAAAUGCUACUGGACUGGGUGCAAAAGUUCCGGAUUCCUCAGCCAUCGGGAGACGAACCAUCGAAUUGGACAAGAUGGUGUCACAGGGAAAGUGCUCUGCGCACAUAUCUGGCCUCGUUCUGUAUACUCAAUACCUACUCACUCCUGAAUGGAACACCGCCUGAGGUGACAAACAUUACUAUCAAAAGUGCCUUGCCUUGCUCAACGGCGGCAUGGAACGCAGCUUCAAUGGACAGUUGGGCUGCAAUAAUGGCAAACGAAGCACCCCCACCCGAUUUCCAAACGGCAUUUGCACAGCUUUUUGGAGAUCCCGAGAUUCAGUUUUUGAUUUCUCCGUUCGGCUGUUUUGUCUUGCUCCACGCUAUUGUUCAGCGUACAUUUCACCUGCGCCAAUUAUCCUUCAAUGGAUCACUACGUCCGUCAGAUUUAGCAGAAAUGGAGGAAGCCUUGGCAAGAUGGAAACGCUGCUGGAAACGAGCACCUGAAUCCAUACUAGAUCCCCGCAAUCUAGAUGCGUCGAUCUCUUUCCAGUCGAUCUCAUAUCUGAUGAUGGUGUAUCUGCGACUCAGUCGGAACCCACUUCCCCCAUUUCAUCAGUUCACCGGACAAUGGGACCCUGGACACAUCGCGCGAAAACUGGCGGUGGACAGUGUUGAUGAGAAACGUUCUGAUUGGAGUUAUAAUGGACCGUUGCAUUCGGCCCAUUCACUCAUGAUAAUUGUGCGGUCCGGUAUCGAGCAUCAUCGAAGGACUCUAUCGUAUCAUUGGGAUCCGCAACAUGCAUUGCCGUGGGUAGAAGGUGCGAUUUCUCUGAGUCGUUGGCUUGAAUUGACAGCUGAAACAUGCUCUCAGUUUGCUCUCAAUGAAAUCGAAAAGGGCAUCAUUCUUUGGGUCCGCCAUAUCAUAGAAGAGGCGCUUCCCUCUCUAGGCGAUGGUGAUAAGAUACUCAUGACAGAAACCGUCGGCAACUUCAGUCUGAGCAAUACGUCCUCAAUUCGUAACCUGGCCUAUGGUGUCAUAUCGGCCUGGUGCUGUGUAAUACCACGUAGUAAUAAUCCCUGGCCGGUUGUGGAUGUAGCGGGAAACGUUCUUACUUUGUACAAAAGUCUCUUGCGCCCGUAA